UUUGUUUGAGUUUCAAUAAAAGUUGUUUGUGUGAGUGUUUCAUUUCCAAUAGCAACACCAUUAAUUGGCUUUCAAUUGUUUUAGAUUGAUUAUGUUAACUCAAUGAGGGCUGCUCGACAAUUUGCUUCAAGAGUUUCAGAUUCUUUAAAGAUGGAAAUCUUCCCAUAUUCCGUGUUUUAUAUUUUCUUUGAGCAAUACCUUGAUAUAUGGAAGACGGCUCUCAUCAACCUUGCAAUUGCAAUUGGUGUUGUUUGUUUAGUUAUUACAUGCAGUUUGUGGACCUCAGCUAUCUUCAUGCUGGUGUUGGCAAUGAUUCUCGUUCAUCUCAUGGGUGUGAUGGCCAUUCUCGGAAUUCAACUCAAUGCGGUCUCUGUUGUUAACGUUGUUAUGUCAGUUGGCAUUGCUGUUGAGUUCUGCGUGCAUAUAACACAUGCAUUUUCGGUAAGCAGCGGGAAUAGAGAUGAAAGGGUAAAGGAAGCUCUGGGUACGAUGGGAGCUUCUGUCUUCAGUGGAAUCACUUUGACAAAGCUAGUAGGGGUGCUGGUUCUUUGCUUCUCAAAGACGGAAGUUUUUGUGGUCUAUUACUUCCAGAUGUACCUUGCGUUGGUCCUUCUAGGUUUCUUACACGGGCUUGUAAUUUUACAUAAUCUAGAUUGAUUAUCGAUAUAUUUAUAGACUAAA